AUGAAUAAAGGUGCCCCAUUUGCUUUGAAAAGAAAUAAAUUUUUAGAAGACGACGCCAACGCUGAAACUAUUGUGGAUACUCAUAUUGAUACUAUCCAAGAACAAGUUAUUGCUGAAGCUGUUGAAUGUUUUCCGAAUGUUUCCUUCCGUUUCAGCAAAGAUCUGAACACUUUGUUCAACACCAAAGAUACUCCCUGCGCUCACAUUAAAAACAAACUUAUCGCUUUGAGGAGCUCUUUUUUUAUCGAAACUCCACAAUGGUUACUUAAUUUUGAUCGCUUGAAGGGAAUAGACACCCUUGGUUUCAUCAUCACCGAACUUUAUCACCGCGAACAAACUUCUGAAACUGAAGAAGCUCUGCAUGAAUGUAUAUUGUGUCUCAUAACGUAUAUGAAAACUGCGGAGGGUUUCUGUGCGGUUGUCCGGAACUUACAAAUUUUAAAAAUCAUUGCAAAAUUAAUCAGUGCGGAUUCGAAAACCAUUAAAAUUUGCGGUGAUGUUUUAGAAAUUUUAGGAGUAGUGGCACUUGCAAAUUGUUUGGGCCAUCAGAAUUCUAUGGAGGCUCUCUUGUCGCUGAAGGGACUGCGAAAAGAAAAGUACAGAUUCCAGCAUUUGAUGACUUUAUUGGACUCCGGCAUUUCCACUUUAGAGCUUACUUGCAUGCAGCUAAUUAACGCGAUAGUAAAUUCUAAAUAUCUCACCGUUGAUAUGCGCAUGAAUCUCAGAAACGAAUUCGCGGCGGCCGGGCUCUUAAAAAAAAUUGAAAAACUAAAAAAGUCUGAAAGUUUAGAAGACGGCCUCGUGACGCACAUAGCCGCGUGGGAAAAAAAUAGUUACAGAGAUAUUCAGAUUAUUAAUGAAAGAAUCAACAGAGCCAUGAAAGAGUUGAGCCACGUGGACGACGUUUACUCUAUUCUCGGCGAUUUGACGGGAGGAUUUACUGCAAACUUUGCCUUAACAAAUUUGUUCCAACAAUUGUUUUUAAUGCAACUCGUUGACCCGGACGGCGCGGACGUCAAGGUCAAUUGCACACAAAGAGCGCGUCUGGCGUUUGUUUUGGCGCUAUUAGAAAAAAUUGUAAGGGACGGCUAUGAUCCGGACUUUGCAUGCUUCCACGUGGAUGCAGAAAUUUUCCGACUGCCUAUGAUAAACGAGGAGAAGUUAAAGUAUGCCGAGUCGUACGUGCAUCAACUGUCGGAGAUUUUUUAUAAGCAGACAAAACUUAAACAUACGGAGCAUAAAAAAAUAAUUGACAAACUUUAUCUUCUUGAUAAGUCUAUAACUGAAAAUAAAAAGCAGUUGGAGGAGUUAAAAAAUAGCAAUUCUGAGGCGCUCGAUCGCUCCCAUUUGGAACUUCUUAAACGUUUGAAAGCGUCUUGCCAUACGCAACGAUCACGCGCUAGGAUAUUAGAAGAGAUCAUUAAUAAUUUGGACAAAUAUCGAGACGCCAAUCCAGACGGCAUAAUACGAUUGGGAGGGCGCCGGUCAAACGAAGUAGAAAAUGACCCCAUUUAUGCGCUACGGGAAGUCCUUGGGCUCGGUCCCGCGCCCGUCCCGCUGUCCUGCAAAAGAACUCUUUCGCAAGACACAUCCAUUUCGAUAUACACCCCUCCAACCGAUCGACUAUACUCGACGGCCAUUGCGACUUUAGAAGAAGACACUGUUAUUAAACUCGACGAAGAAAUAGCCAAUGAUGAAGCGCCCGCGCUACCAAUGGUGCCUCCUCCGCCCCCUCCUCCGCCCCCGCCCGGAUCAGCACAUGGCGACAAGUACAGAAAAAAGCCUUAUAAAAUUGUUGCUAGUACGCAACUAAAGAGAAUGAACUGGAGUUCAGUGCCUUAUUUCAAAGUAAAGGGUUCAUUUUGGGAAAACGUAGAGGAGGAGAGAUUCAUUGACUCGAUAAACUGGAACGACCUUGAAAUGCAUUUCUGCAACAAAAAGAGUCACUUUUUAUCUAAUGGUGAGCCCGAAAACAAGCUAAAAGAAACUUACAUCGAUGUAAUGGACCCGAAAAAGUCAUACAACUUGUCUAUUUUGCUAACCAAUCUCGUCUCGAAGCGAACGGUGCAGUGGGUAAAAGAGAGACUCCUCAAAUGCGACACUGAAGAGCAUCCCGAAUUAUCUUUGAGCCUAUUGGUUGCUUUUAAAAGAUGGGCGCCGGACGAAAAGGAAAAAGAAAAACUUGACACUUUUGAAGGCGACAUCGAAAAACUCGCACUUUCGAAUCGGUUCAUGAAGGAAAUCUCGAAAAUCAAACGAUUUAAAGAGAGAAUGAACUUCAUUAUAAUGAGAAGAGAACACAACGAGCUGCACACUAAAUUGGAAAAGUGGGUGGAAUGCGUUACUUUUGCCUCAAAAGAACUCAAAACGAACAAGAAAUUUCAAAAGAUUCUUGAAAUCAUACUUUUGCUGGGAAAUUAUAUGAAUUCGAGUUUCAAAAAUGUUCGGCCUUCUUUUGGCUUUCAACUUUCGUAUCUCACGAGUUUAUCGAGCGUAAAAAGCAUAUGCGGGAAAAAAAAUCUUCUAAAUUUUUUAGCGGAGACAAUAUAUAAAGACGAGGAAUUAGGGAAAGUUUUUGAAGAACCUCACGAGCACAUAAAAGAAUGUGCUGAUGUUCACUUUCAUCUUUUAAGAGAAGACAUCAAAGAGUCUAAUGCAAACCUGAAGCUUCUAAAAGAAGAACUCAAUAUUUUGUCUAAAAGCGAAAAAGAAGAAAAUGACUUCUUCAUUGAAGAGUUUAAAAAGUUUUUCGAACAUUUGAAAAAUAAUGUGGAAGAUUUAAAUUCCAAGUACGAAGAAAUGUUGGAGGUCUAUAACGACGUUGUAGCCUUUUAUAAGUACCCGGAGGUCGCCUCUCCCGAAGAUUUUUUUGGAACAAUCGGAAAGUUUUAUGAAACUUUGAAAAGAGCGCACGAGGAAAACUUAAAAGCGGCGGAAGACGCUAAAGAAGUACAAAAAAGAAAAGCAUUGAGAUUAGCAAGGAUUGAAAAACAAAAACUACAGAAAGAAGAAUCAAAAAAAUCGGGCCGAACCCAAGAAACUGUGGAACAGUCAAAACUAGCAAAAGAGCUUUUGAAAAGCCUUCGAAAAGCUAAAUUUGCACAGGAAAUUGACGUUGAAAACAACGCAGAACAGGAAAUUUGCCCCGCUGAGAACAGCGUGGAGGGCCGCCGUCACUGCGAGGAAGGGCAGACCGAGAAGAAAAAGGAUGAAAUCAAAGAGAAUUUGGAUGAUGUUCACAUUUUGGUCGGCGCAAUGGACAGCAGUGAAGGCGACAGCGAGGAGGAAGAGAAUUUAAUUAAGGAAAAAAGUAGUAAUAGCGUAGAACUGGAUAGUAGAGAUAGUAAUAAUAAUAACGCAAUGGAAGACACUUAUAUAGAAAAAGAAAAAUCUCAAGAUGAAAUUAGUAAACAAGAUAAUAAAGAUUGUCAGAAUGAAUGUGAUACUACUAAUAAUUGUAAUUUAAAUGAUAAUUUUAUUGAUAACGGUUGUAAUAAUAUUUCUAAUGAGAAUGCAAAAACUAUACAUAAAGUUCAAAACAAAAGAAAAAGUAAAAAAGUGAAGUACAAAGCUUCGAAAGGAUGUCAAACUCAAUAA